GAAAUAGUGCCCGCCACUUCUGGUUGUCCGUGCUGUCGGUGGUGGUUUUUGAUGGGUCUUAUGUACUUAAUCAUUAAAAGUUGAUAUUUUAUCCCUUUUUAAUGUAUCCUUCCCGAAUUUCAUCAUCUUCUCAAAGCAAUCAACAUGCAAAAUUUUCUGUCCCUGAAGCUUGUGACAAGAUUAAGGAUGAGCUUCUGAAUUUACAAUCUCAGUAUCAUAGUUUGAAGUGUGAGUAUGAGAAGACCUCGCAAGAAAAAGCUGAAUUGCAGCGACACUACUUACUUUACUAUGAGAUUACCUACGGACUAAAUGUUGAAAUGCAUAAACAGGUUGGUUACAUUUUGAUUCAUAAACUUUUGCAGAUGGAGAUCGCAAAGCGCCUGAAUGCAAUACUAGUACAGGUCAUUCCGUUUUUAUCACAAGAGCAUCAAUCUCAAGUUGCUGCAGCAGUUGAUCGUGCGAAACAAAUAAGUCUGUCAGAACUUAGUAGCAUUAUAGGGCCACAGCUAGAUGAUUCUAAAGGCCCAAAGUUUCUUAAUGGGGCUCUUGGUUCUCCAUUCGAUCAAAUGGACUUCUUUAAGACUAUGCAACAACAACAGCAGCUGUUAAUGAAUUCCGGAUCUGGGGGUUUAAAUAAUGCAUUUCCCCACAAUCUAGUCCCACCAUCAUUGGGGCAGUUGCCAUCCGAUACUUUACCUAUGAGUGGUUCGAGAGGAGGUUCUCAAGCUACACCAUCUUUAACUAGCCUUGGUGGACUCAAUGCACCACCAUGUACGGGAAUUAACAGUCUAAGUGGUGGACUUCCUGCUUUAAACAAUAAUGGUCCUAACAAUAUGCUUCUACCUCCUAAUCCUUUUCUACCACAAAUGAGUAGUUCAAUCACUCCCCCAUGUACUAACAGCAGUGCUUCAGGCAAUUCGAGUAUUCCUGGUGUUCAGUCAUCCCUUCCUGGAAUUCCAGGACCUAAUAACCCAGCUUUCCUAUCUGGUCUUGCACAAUCUCACCCAGCAGUUGCAGCAGCAAUGGCGGCCGUAGCUGCUGCAGGUUUUCCUCCGGGAAACACAAAUCCUGCAAUUAAUCCUUUAUCCGGUGGUCUACUUAACAACAACAGUAAUCAUCCCUACUCUCAAAUGCCUGCUCAUAUGAAUAAUAUAACCACAUCCUUUCCAUCUGGGACCAGCGGUUGCUUAACAGGUGCAUCCAUACCACCUCCCAUAUCUUCUAACACCUCCACUUUGGCAAAUGCUCCAUAUCAUGGUCCUUCUGGUUCUGGAGCUCAUACUCCCUUUUCACCAACUUCAACAUCCCUUCCUAAUCCAAAUAAUCCCAGACCACUAAUGUUCCCGUUGGAUGGAGCAACUGGACAACCUCCAUUUCCUCCUAUGCUAUCUCCAGCUGCACUAUCAGCCAUUAUCAGUGACAAAAAUUUGGAUGAAAAACAAAGGACAGCAGCAGCUGCUGCUAUGGCUGCAGCAAUGGCAGCUGCCGCUGCUGCAUCACAAGGUGGUCCACCUGGAGCUUUUGGUCUUCCAUUGAAUUUCGCCUCUGGUGGAAUGGGCAGUGGUGGUGGUGGUGGAAGCCUACCUGGUGGCGGCUCACCAAUGGAUGCACAUAAUCUAAUGGCUACAAUGGCUAGUUUUGCUGCUCAGUCAGCUGCGGCAGCAGCAGCCGCUGCAGGUAUGAAUUCUGAUAUGCAACAAGAUGGACCUAAUUCAAAUUUGCAAUUACCACCUGGUCUGUUCGGUGGUGGCGGUGGCGGCGGCAGCGGUGUACAUCCAGAUUUGCCUGGAUUAGGUGCAAAUCAUUUGUUACCACCACCACCACCGCCUCCAUCCUCUGCCUCGUCCUCCUCCUCCUCGUCCAUGUUAUCGUCAUCAUCAUCAUUUGCCAACUCAGGAUCUGUACUGCCACCAUCGAAAAGUUCAACACCUGUACCCGGUAUGAAUUCAUGUCCAAGCCGUCAACGGGCUAAUUCACGAUCUCCAGGAUUAAUUGAUAUACACUCUACUGGACCAGAUGCGAAACGUUGUAAAACUGAACGCUCCAUUUCAGGAGAUAAAUGCAGUGGAGUUGGUAAUAACACGUUAGAAGAAAAUGGAUUGGUUCGAAUUAAGAGUUCAAAUUCCCCUGGUCGUCGUACUCCAUCAACAAAACAUAAUGGUUCAAGUGGUCUAUUAAAUCCGAAUAAUUUAAAGAAUCAUUCUAUUACUGGGAAUGGUGUAACUAGUUUACAUUCUGAUAAUAAUAGUAAUAAUAAUAAUAACAAUAAUAGUAAUAAUAAUACUAAUUUUAAAAAAGAUGCAUCAUUUGAAUUAGAUCAUAAAGAAUCAGAUGACAAUCCACCAUUUUUAAGUGCCGCUGAUGCUGGUGCUACUGCUGUUACAAACGGCGGCUGUAAUUCUUCAUCAAGUCGUACUGGUUCACCGAAUCAACAACUCUUACAUAAUUCGUCAUCUUCUGAAGCAAGUGGAACACUUCACAGACAACAACAACAACAUGAUACACCUAAUAUAAAACCAUGUUUAUCUCCUCUAUCUGUUUCAAGUAAUGCAUCAAAUUCUUGUAGAAUAGGUUCAAUUCCUCUAGGAGGUGGAGGAGGAGGUGUUAGCGGUGAAUUAUCGGUGCCUAGUCCAUUGUCAUCAUCAUCUGUUAGUGGAGUAAACCUACCCGGAGUUAGUGCUGUUUCUCUUUCUCCACCUCAACUUAAAUUAGAUGUUCCAACAACACCAUCUAGUCAGCAAAACUCCUUGUCUACUGCAUCACCACCAACAACCUCAUCUAUGAUGUUUGAUGCGACAUUUGGAAAUUCUGCUAUGAGUGGAGUAUCAAAUCUUGGAAGACCACCAUAUUCAUUCCUACGCUUAGACAAUCAAUCACCCACUCCUGUACCAUUUACUCCAGACGCUUUCUUUGGUCCGGGUAUCCCACAUCAAGCAAAAGCAAUACAUUGUUUAGAGCAUGGUGAAGUGGUUUGUGCUGUAACCAUCAAUAAUGCUAUACAUCAAAUUUAUACCGGUGGUAAAGGCACUGUGAAAAUUUGGGAUUUAAAUUCUGCUUCAUCUGGUCUCUCACCGAAUUGUAGUGGUGGGGGUGGUGGUGGCGGUUCUAGUCAAGUAAAGCUAACAAAAUCAUGUAUUACAAGUCUUGAAUGCCUACAACGGGAUAAAUAUAUACGAUCGAUUAAACUGACUCAGGAUGGCAAAACAUUAGUUGUCGGUGGAGAAUCUAAUACACUAAGUAUAUGGGAUUUAGGUCAAGCUAGUCCAUAUCCAAAAAGUGAACUAACCUUUACUGCUCCAGCAUGUUAUGCAUUAGCUGUAUCACCUGAUAGUAAAUUGUGUUUCAGUUGUUAUUCAAACGGCAAUAUUGGUGUAUGGGAUAUACACAAUCGUCUUUUAAUCCGUCAAUAUCAAGGACAUGCUGAAGGUGCAUCUUGUGUAGAUAUACGUCCAGAUGGUACACGUCUGUGGAGUGGUGGAUUGGAUAAAACUGUUCGUUGUUGGGAUUUACGUGAACAUUGUCAAAUAAGUCAAGUGGAUUUUUCAGCACAAAUAUUCUCUCUUGGUUAUUGUCCUACUGGAGAUUGGAUAGCUGUUGGAUUAGAGACAGAUCAAGUUGAAGUAUUCGGUCCAGGUCGUCCAGAACGUUAUCAAUUAUCAUUACAUGAAAGUUGUGUAUUAUCGUUGAAAUUCGCUCACAGUGGUUUAUGGUUUGCUUCUACAGGGAAAGAUCAUUGUCUGUACUCUUGGAGAACUCCGUAUGGUGCUAAUCUAUUUCAGGUCAAAGAAAACUCAUCUGUAUUGAGCUGUGACAUAUCACUGGAUGACAAACUUUUAGUCACUGGAUCGGGUGAUCGUAAAGCUACUGUUUAUGAAAUAAUUUAUUGAACAACAACACAAUGACACAACUUAUAACUGAAACGUAUGCAUACUUCUCCUUCCCUUUCCUUUACACUUCUGCCUCCUUCCUUCCUUGUAUUGUAUUGUACUGUACUGUGUUUGUUUUC